UUAGGUCCUCGUACCAGAAGACCUAAGAAACCACCCGGAGAUGGGACUCCGACAGAUGAAAAGAGGCCUAGGACUGCAUUUUCUGGACCACAGCUUGCUAGACUAAAGCACGAGUUCGCAGAAAACCGUUACCUCACCGAGCGCCGAAGACAGAGCCUCGCAGCAGAGCUGGGUCUCGCAGAGGCACAGAUAAAGAUCUGGUUUCAAAACAAACGAGCCAAGAUUAAAAAGGCCUCUGGACAGAGGAACCCGCUAGCCUUGCAAUUAAUGGCGCAAGGUUUAUACAACCACAGCACGAUACCGCUGACGAAAGAAGAAGAGGAAUUAGAAAUGAAGGCGAGAGAAAGAGAGCAGAGUAAUAGACAAUGAAGUGUAGUGAUCUCUUAUUGUGAAGGAAUUAAAAGUAAAAUAGCAUGUAAAACGUCCUUUUGAAACGGUUUCGUAGCCUUAUCUCACCACGCUGCUCCAAAACAGAUCGGUGUAUAUUUCAACCACAUUCGGGUUUCCUUGUGAUCUUUUCCUGCAAAGUUGAGCACGAGUUGAAUAAAGCAUGUGAAAAUUUUGUGAUGCCAUGUUUAUGGUCCAACUAGAACAUCUCGGCUAAAUCAAAAAUGUAUACAAAUAUGAAUGAGAUAAAGAUAAAAUUAUGAUUUGAUAAUGGUAGAUUCUUCUAUAUAUAUAAUUACUAUAUAAUUAUUCUUAUAUUACGCCUAAAAUGCUUAGAAAUACUUUUAAUUCGAAAGAACAAACGUCAAAUCCAAAAAACUCGAAUUAAUUAAUGAAUAAGCCGUGUUAUGUAAUAAUGUAACCUUGAACUAAAUGCAAGAAAUGUACACCAAAAAUUAACACAUGCUAUAUUUUGGUUAUGUUCAAAUGUUAUUCGGUACGGUCAUACCCCAGGUCCGGCCGAAAAAAAGUUAUUGGGUAUAUAUUAAAUAAAAAUACACAUGAAAAAGAGUCGCGAAAAUUCUGAAAUUGCAAUUAUUUACGGUAGAUGGUAUAAAUUGCUCCAGUCCCAGGAAUUAUUUUUAUUAUAUACAUUUUUAUCUUUUUGACACAAUAUUGUAUAAAACGGCUUAUGUGUUAUAUAACCAUAAUUAAAGAACGAUACUUAAUGCGUUUGGAUCUAAAAUUUGUAAAUAAAUUCUAUGUCCGUAUAAUUUAACAUAAAAUGUUCUGCAAAAACCUUACCGAGACGUGUCGCAUUCAUUGCGAUACUUGAAUAAAACAGACCAACAGAUAUCGCCAUUAAAGAAACGUAUAUUUAUGUUUAAUAAUAAAUUAUAGAGCAUAAAUCUAACAAAACAGACAGACAUGACAAAUAACUCAUUCAUAAAUAUACAUUUUUGGUAUUAGCCAUAUCAAAACUUUAAAAUAAUAUAAAUUAAAUUCACUUUGAUUUAAAGGAUUAUGAACUGCUAACAAGUAAGUGUUUUUUUACUACAAAUCUAAGUCUUAACUUAGAUAUCCAUUAUUUAGAUACACCUUAAUAUAGGAGUAUACAUGACUAAGUAUAUAGACAUACAUCAUUAUGAAUAGCUAAAGAGGAUAUAUAGGUGAAUUAUUUGUAAGCAGUGGUCAUAUAUGAUGAUGUAAAGAAGCAACCACAUCUGACAACCUAACAUUGUAUGCACAUGCGCAUUAAAACUAUCAUAUACAUUGAAAUAGAUAAAUUAAGCUCACAUUUUUACGAAUUAUAUAAUAAUAAAGAAAUCAUUAACUUGCAAAUUUUAAUUGUAUUAAUGAUAAAUUAUUUAGCUGACUAAAGGCAAAGAGGAUAUCCCAAUAAAUUCUAAUAACUUAAUAUAUCCUAUGUAAUGUUAGGAAGUCGAGUCGUAUCUUAUAUUUAUUUUAGCGUCUGUUUUUCGUUAAACUAUCAAACGUAAUCCGACCACUGUUUACAAAUAUGAAAAUCUACAUAUCGAAUCUGUCUUAAUAUUUCUAACAACAAGGAGCUAAAUCUAUUAAACUAUAUUGGUUCCGACCGAAAUGUAUCGUUGCGUUAAUAGAAUAGAAAAACGGUUACACGGCAACGAUAACGUUUCGAUUCGAUUGCGAUAAAGAGACAAUUUGUUUAUAGAUUUGGACUGGACAUAGCUAUGUAUAUUAGUUUUAAACAACGUUAAAUACAGUUUACAUGCAAACAUAUUGUAUAAAACUUUGUUAUAAUUCGCGAGGCUAUUAUUUUAUAAAUAAUGAUAAUUAAAAAACAUCAUAACGCC